CCUGAGAUAGGGACGACAUUCGCAAUCGUGGAACUCGAGUAGCCAGACGUCCCAACAUGCGUGCGAUACUUAUUGCCUGUCUACUCGCGGCGGUUUCCACCCAGGUGAAAUCACAGGAAUGUGGCAGGCCAAUCAGGCCAGCGGGACAAUUCCGUGUAGUUGGCGGCAGAGUAGCUCAGCAUGGCUCAUGGCCAUGGCAGAUUUCCCUUCACCAGUAUGGCCAAGGACACAUUUGCGGGGGAUCCAUCAUCAACAACCGUUGGAUCUUGUCUGCUGCCCACUGCUUCAAAACCAGGCGCACAGACCAGUUUAAGGUAGUUGUAGGAGAGCACAGUCAGCACAUGCGUGAAGGGACUGAAGCGGGCCACUUGGUGGAGCGCCUCGUGAUCCACGAGAGAUGGGCUGGUCAAGCAACAGACGAUCACGAUAUCGCCCUAUUGAAGCUGCAGACACCCAUAAACUUCAAUGACUACGUGAAGCCAGUCUGCCUCGCCUCCGGGUAUAACGAAUUUGAGGGACAUAGUGACUGUUGGGUUAGCGGAUGGGGGCAAACCCAAGGCACAGGGGAUCAAAGAUUCCUGCAGCAACUUCAGUCUCCAAUGGUCAGCAACGCAGCAUGCAACCGUAAUUACUGGGGCGGUGCUGUCCGGCAAGGAAUGACAUGCUGGGGGAGUGGUUACACAGGGGCUUGCAUGGGCGAUUCCGGUGGCCCACUGGUAUGUCGCAAGUCUGGAACAUUCUACCAAGUCGGCGUGGUAUCAUGGGGUGACACGUCCUGCAUUCGCAACGGGGCUUCCAGUGUCUUUACACGGGUCGCAGCUUAUCGUCAAUGGAUUAGCGCAGUUAUUUCUCGAUACUAAUUACAUUUAAUCACUCGGUGUGGAACCACCGACCAAUCAGCAAGGAGAUACUGUCAUUUGAAAACAAAAUGAAUAAAAUGUACCCUUGAACGGUAUCAGAAUUCGUCAAAUAAUCGCUGA